GGUACGAUUGUGUUAUUCAAUGAGGAGUGUUGUAUCUUAUAUUUAUGAUUUAUCAUCGAUGUUGAUUGAGAGGAUACCGUAACAAUCUUCGUUAUUUUUUAUUUUUUUUUAUUUUUUUUUGCUUUUGGAUUUGUUAGAGUGAAAAACCAACAGCGGUUUGAGGAGCUUUAAAACUAGAAAUAAAAUCUUGAUUGGAUGAAAUGUUUGUGUAUCGAAAAAGUUUUGGAUCAUAGCCUGAGUUGGAUGGAAGGGGGGUACCUUCAAGAAAGUUGAUUUAUAAAAUACACGGUUACAUAAACAUUCAAAAAGAUCUAACAACACCUACAAGAUGAAGUUUGAUGACAUAACCGUUCUUUUAGGUGAAUUUGGAAAGUACCAGAAGAUAUUGUAUUUUCUCGUCUGCUUGCCAGCGAUAUUUACAGGGAUGCAGAUGCUGUCGUCGGUUUUCACCCUGGCCAUCCCCGACCACAGAUGUGCUUUGCCUGGACUUGGAAACGACACGUACGAAGUCCAAGGACAAUGGCAUAAACUUCUUAUCAACCAAUCCAUUACAUGGGAAACUGGCAAAGAUGAUGAGGGUUCAUUGGUUUACAGCUCGUGUGAUCGAUAUGUGACCAAUGAAAACACGUCUUACAAUGCGCAUUACAUUCCAGUAAAUACAAGUACUACUGAAUGUGAUACGUUCGUCUUCGACCAAUCAACGUUCAAGAACACUUUCAUUACAAAGACAAACCUGGUAUGCGGAAACAAACUGGCCCGGGCCAACGCCAACAUGAUACUGAUGGGAGGGAAACUGUUCGGAUCUAUCGCCAUCGGUGUAUUCUCAGAUAUAUUCGGACGGAAGAAGGCGGUGAUGCUGUCUUCGUUCUUGCACAUCGGGGCGGCGUUUGGGUCCGCGUUCGCGCCCAACUACGGGGCCUUUGUUAUAUUCCGUUUCGUCCAAGGUGCGUCGAACUCGGGCAUCUUCAUGUCGCUCUUCGUCAUUGGUGUGGAGCUGGUGGGUCCCUCUUAUCGUGUGGCGGCAGGGAUCAUCAUCGAAUUUUUCUGGUGUAUCGGUCUUUUCUUGCUGUGCCUAGUGGCCUACUUCGUGCGCACGUGGAAUAUCCUGCUGCUCGUGCUCGCGUGUCCAACUGUCCUCCUCGUUUUUUACUUCUGGUUAAUCCCCGAGUCCCCUCGCUGGCUGAUCACCAGGGGAAAGUACGAGGAGGCGGAGAAGAUCAUCCGGAAAUGCGCAAAAGUAAACAAGGUUGAACUUCCGGAGAAGGUGAUAGACGCGGACAGCAUGGAGGAGGGCGGCAAGGAGAGCAUCCUUCGAAUGAUUACCGUCCCCCGUCUCCUGAUACGCACUAUAAUCAUCUACCUCAACUGGGUGGUAGUAAGCAUGGUGUAUUACGGCCUUGGUCUGAACGUGGGGAACCUUGACGGUGACAUCUACACGAACUUCGCCAUCAACUCCACCAUGGAGGUCGGGGCGUAUAUCCUCUGUCUCGUCUUGCUGAACCGCGUCGGCCGGAAGGCACUCCACUGUGGCACUAUGAUCCUCGGGGGCGGGGCCUGCCUCUGUACCAUAUUUACUGUGCUGUAUGCUGAUAAAUCUCUUUACUGGAUCACAGUGGUAUUAUCCAACAUUGGAAAGUUUGGGAUAUCGGCGGCGUACGCCAUCAUCUACGUGUGGUCGGCGGAACUUUUCCCGACCCUCGUACGAAACUCUGGGAUGGGCUCGAGUUCCAUGUUGGCCAGGGUGGGCGGUAUCAUUUCACCGUAUAUCGCCGAUCUGGGAACAUUUGUGGAGGGUGACUUCGGAAAGGCGCUUCCGCUGAUCAUCUUUGGCGGCCUAUCCGUGGUCGCUGGGUUCCUGUCGCUCUUCCUGCCAGAAACCAACGGACAGGUACUUCCGGAAACGAUCGAAGACGCUGUUAAUUUCGGCAGGACCACACCCGAUUCCAAGACGAAGGACGUGGCUAGCAAGUAUUUCGUCAAUGACGUUUUUACCGGCAACGUCGACUCCCCGACGGAAGAGAAAAAGAAUGCAGAAAUGUUGGAGCAAAACGGUUACAGCACGCACAUGUAGAUAGUAAAUGCCAAUCUUAAAGACUCGGCUAUCUCCGGCAAGUUGGACAAUGCUGGUUCAGAUUGACUAAAUAUGUAAAAUAGUGGUAAAAGGGAGAUACUGUUUCGACAAACUGACACUUAAAAAUUUACUGAUUAUUAUGAAACAUAUAUUUUCGUUUUUGACAAAAUAUAUCACUGCACUAUAACAUAGAUCAAUCCUUUGAUACUUUUAAAUGUAACAGCAGUCUCAUAUUUGAAAACAUGCGUCAAAUGAGGAUUGCUGUCCGACAUGGGGAGUCCGCUACUCCAGUCUAUUACAUGACUAUUACAGUCCAUCAAAUUGCUACUCCAGUCUAUUACAUGGCUAACCCAGUCUAUUAAAUGACUAUUACGGUCCAUCAAAUUGCUACUCCAGUCUAUUACAUGGCUAACCCAGUCUAUUAAAUGACUAUUACGGUCCAUCAAAUGGUUACUCCGGUCAAUCAAAUUGCUACUCCAGUCUAUUACAUGGCUACCCCAGACUAUCUAAUGACUAUUACAGUCCAUCAAAUGGUUACUCCGGUCAAUCAAAUUGCUACUCUAGCGUGUAAAAUGGCUACCCCAGUACAUUACAUCGCUAUUCCAGUCUAUAACAUGGCUCCUCCAGUAUUUAACAUGGCCCCUCCAGUCUAUUUCAUGGCUCCUUCAGUCUAAAAUUUGUUUAAAUACUGGGGCGUAUGAAUUUCUCAGAUUAUCUACAGAAAAGUUUUAUUCGAGUGAUGAUUACCAGUAUACUGCAAUCAAAUAAUUCCUGUUUCAUAUUAGAAAGGACAUAAUGUAGAAACAAAGUACAAGGUAACGUGGUGUGGUAAGACGCAUAUGUACACGUUAAAUAUGUACCAUACACGAUCACUCACAAUUAUACCAACGAGGAUCUCGUGGAGAGCAUGGAUAUUGUUAUGCAGGAUUAAUGUGUCUGGGUGGUGUUUUCGAUUGUAACUUAAGUAUUGCAUUUCUAACUUUAAUUCAUCACAUUCAAUAGUUACCUGUAUCAUUGAAUGUGUUGUUUUUUAUUGUUCUAUUGAUGUUUCAAUGAGUAUUAUUAAAAGUGUGGUACAAGUUUCAAAGUUUAUUGGCGGAUCGUUUUACAAGUUUCAUGCCAUGUCUGUGUUUUCUUAAUCCCUUAAUUACC